AUGGGAGAUUCUGUUCAAACAGUAGGAUUCAAAAUAACAUUAACAUCGGAUCCAAAACUACCAUUUAAAAUACUUAAGGUACCAGAAGCUGCUCCAUUCACUGCUGUUUUAAAAUUUGCAGCUGAAGAGUUCAAAGUAUCACCCGAAACAUCAGCCAUAAUUACAGAUGAUGGGAUCGGUAUAAACCCACAACAGACUGCUGGUGUUGUUUUUCUAAAACAUGGAUCGGACCUGAGGCUUAUACCAAGAGAUAGAGUCGGAUACUUUAAAUGUUAA